AUGAAUGGACGCUGGAUGAACGGUCCAUCAUUCUUUAGAGAGAAACCAGAAGAUUGGCCUACUGAGACCAAUCAAGCAACGCUAGAAGUUCCUGAAUUUAAAGUCGGUAAACCCAUCUGCGCGUUGCAACCCGUACAAAGUACCAUUAUUGAUCCAGCUCGGUUCUCGAAUUGGCAAAGACUGUGCAGAGUAACAGCUUAUUGUGUUAGAUUUAUCAACAACGCAAAGUCUUCACAUCGUGUAAGCGGCCCACUUCUUCCAGAAGAAGUAGCAUCAGCUGAGCGUUAUUGGGUUAUGUCGGCCCAAACUGAGUUGGGAGUUUGGAAAGAUCGUUACAAAGACCUAGCCCCAUUCCUACAAGACAAGAUCGUUCGAGUCGGAGGAAGACUUAAUCAUUCACCCUUAUCCUACGACGAGAACCACCCGAUAUUAUUGCCAUCAGAUCACGUUAUUUCGAGAUUGGUCGUCAAAGACGCGCACAACCGUGUAAUUCAUGCAGGUCGCGAGAGAACCCUAUGUGAAACUCGAAGAAAGUUUUGGUUAGCUCGAGGUAGAAACGUGGUGAAGAAGAUCGUGAGAGAGUGCGUCACCUGUCGCAGACUUCGACAGUACCCAUACACCACACUGAUGGCAGAUCUACCACCAGAGAGGUUGAAGCCUUUCUCACCACCGUUUUCAGUUACUGGCGUCGACCUGUUUGGUCCGUUUUAUCUAAAGUAUGGUCGAAACUCGAAAGUCAAGAGUUGGGGAGCUCUCUUUACGUGCGCUACAGUCCGCGCCAUACAUUUAGAGAUCGUGCAAGAUUUGUCAACCGAAGCUUUUCUCCAUGCUCUGCGACGGUUUGCGGCCCACCAUGGAUGGCCCAACACUGUUAUCUCGGACAACGGAACGUCAUUCGUGGGAACUGAACGAGAGUUGAAGAAAUUACUGCAAGAAGGAAAACAAGAAAUCGAAGACUUCGCUGUAGUUUACAAAGUCAAGUGGCGAUUCAAUACACCGCUGAGUCCCCAUCAAGGAGGAUUCUUCGAAAGCCUUAUCAAACUGGCGAAGAAAGCAUUACGAGUGAUAGUCGGACAACAAGUGUUAUCGUGGAACGAGAUGUCAACCGUUUUCGCCGAAGUUGAGAGUCUCGUAAACAGCCGCGCCCUUGGAUAUUCCUCCAACGACCCAAACGAUCUUCGUCCUUUAACCCCGAACCACCUUAUCCUUGGCCGUGCGUCAGCCGACGUCCCGCAAGGUCCGUUUCGAGAAGCAAGAAAUUGUCGAAAGAGAUUCGAAUACAUCCAGACGUUAGUACAACAGUUCUGGAAACGGUUCCAGCGCGAGUAUUUCCAGACGCUGAUGCGGAGCACGAAGUGGACGAGCAAAGAACGACAACUCAAGGUUGAUGACAUAGUUUGGAUGGUCGAGUCAGGUGUCGCGAGAGGAAAGUGGAAUCUAGCGAGAGUGAUUGAAGUUUAUCCUGGUCCAGACGGUGUUAUAAGAAACGUGAAGCUGAGAACAAAGACAGGAGAGUAUGAACGAUCCGUGCAGAAGUGUUGUUCAAUACUGGAAGAAGGUUCUUCCUAAUCGUGGCCGGAGAGUGUUUCGGACAGUCUGCAUGAACAUUAAACUCUUUAACUUUAUACUUUAGUAAUUUUACCUUGAUUUAAUAUGAUUAUAACUUGAUUCAGUAUUUUAGGUGUUGACAGAUAGUAAUUAUUUAAUGACGUAGAUAGCUAAAAAGACAUUGGACAAAAAAGAGUUUUAUUGAGAGUACUGCGAGUGAACAGUAAACAGAGAGAUUAACAGCCGUAGAGAUCCACUCUUCAGGUACAGUGUAUUGUGAUUAAUCAUUUGUAUUAAGCCAUUAGGAUAGCUAUGAAUUUCUCAAUCAUGCAUGUAAUAUUUUGAACUGUAAUCUAAUCAGAAUCGAAUUAUUUACUGUAGAAUUUUUAUAUAUAUAUUACGAAAAAUCUCUAUGGUCUGUGCGUGGUUCAAUCCUUGGUAACAUAUAUAUAUAUAUAUAUAUAUAUAUAUAUAUAUAUAUAUAUAUAUAUAUAUAUAUAUAUAUAUAUAUAUAUAUAUAUAUAUAUAUAUAUAUUGGUAUGCAUGCAAUAACUCUAAUAUACGGAGAGGAUAUACCAGUCGGAUGUGUAGGGGUAGAUGUAGGCGUAGUUGUAGAUGUAGGGUUAAGGUUUCCCAAUUAUUAGAGUUGCUGUUGACGACAAGAUAUUUGUUGCUGUUGAAGACAAAAUAUUUGUUGCUGUUGAAGACAAGAUAUUUGUUGGUGUUGAAGACAAGAUAUUUGUUGCAGUUGAAGACAAGACAGUUGUUGCUGUUGAAGACAAGAUUGUUGUUGCUGUUGAAGACAAGACAUUUGUUGCUGUUGAAGACAAGAUUGUUGUUGGUGUUGCCGAAGACAAGAUAUUUGUUGCUGUUGAAGACAAGAUUGUUGUUGGUGUUGAAGACAAGAUAUUUGUUGGUGUUGAUGACAAAAUAUUUGGUGCUGUUGAAGAGAAGAUAUUUGUUGCUGUUGAAGACAAGACAUUUGUUGCUGUUGAAGUCAUGACAUUUGUUGGUGUUGCCAAAGACAAGAUAGUUGUUGCUGUUGAAGACAAGAUAUUUGUUGCUGUUGAAGACAAGAUUGUUGUUGCUGUUGAAGACAAAACAUUUGUGGCUGUGGAAGACAAGAUAUUUGUUGCUGUUGGAGACAGGAUACUUGUUGGUGUUGUAGUCAGGAUAUUUGUGGUUGUAGACAGGAUAUUUGUUGAUGUUGAAGGGUUAGAUGGUUUGAUUGGUGUGGUCGAAGGUGGAAAAGUAGGUGGAGUAUUGGUUGUCUUGAUCUUGCUUUGUGGUAACUCUACAGAAGGAAUCAGAUACCAAGGUUAA